AUUUAAACACAACUCAAACAGGAAGGCAGCUGAAGACAGUGUUAACUCUCUCGUGCUCAGUGCAAGUUCGCAAGCUCAAGUGAAAUUUUUUCACCCCGAAAUUUUCACCUAAUAUAAUCGUGUUAAUAAUCGCGUUAACAAUAGAGAAUAUUUAUUUUUAUUUUUUUAUUUUUAUUCCUAGCAUCAAACAACAUUCUAAGAGACCAUUUUUUUAUCACUAAUUUGUGAAAAAUUUGAAGAACUAUAUUUGAUAAUUCUACACUUAUAAUAAUCGAGAGAGAGGGUAGCCUGAAUACUAUGGACAUCAGAUUCAUAUUACUCGUACUGACUAUUGUCGGUCUGAUGGCGGCCGGCGUCAGUUCUAGAAUCGGAUCCUUUGCUAGGAUUGCACAGUUUAUUUUAGCGGCCGCGGUUAUUCCACUGAUAUAUCGGUUUCAUCGAAAAAUCUACAUCAUCAUCAGAACUCUACCAAGGGAUAUCAAAUUUCUUUAUCGUUAUGCUAAUGCCGCCCUGGAAACAAGACGUUUUGUUCAAAAUGAUAGUACGGUGAUGAAAAUUUUUAGAGAAAGGGCACGACUUUAUCCAAAUAAGCCCUGUUUUAUUUUCGAAGGUCGCAUUUGGACUAAUGCCGAUAUAGAUAAAUACAGUAAUCAAAUAGCGUCAGUUUUCCAAAAAGCUGGAUACUCAAAAGGAGAUGCAGUGGCGUUGAUGAUGCCAAAUAGACCAGAAUUUAUUGCCACGUGGUUGGGCUUGGGAAAAAUUGGUGUUAUCACAGCCUUAAUUAAUACUAAUUUGCGUCUAAAUUCAUUAGUUCAUUGUUUGAAUGUUGCAAAAGUAAAAGGCAUUAUUUUCACUAAAGAAUUAACUUCUGCUAUUGAGGAAAUUUGGGAAACGAUAGGGGAAUUGGAAAAAUUCACACAGGGCUGUGGAGAUAAUGUAUGUGAAAAUGGUGCGAAAAAUUUGGAUCAAUUCUUAGCAGAAGCUGGUACAGGACAACCAAUUGUUAAUAAAGAACCUGGUUACAGGGACAAAUUACUCUAUAUUUACACAAGUGGCACUACUGGAUUACCUAAAGCAGCUCUAAUACCAAAUUCAAGAUAUCUAUUGGUAACAAUGGCUACGUAUCAUAUGUUGGGUUUAAGAUCGGACAGUGAUAUUAUGUACAAUUCUAUUCCAUUGUAUCAUAUGGCAGGUGGACUUGUUGGAACUGGUUGUGCAUUAGUUAAAGGAAUACCAAGUGUAUUGAGAACAAAAUUCUCUGUGUCUGCAUAUUGGACCGAUUGUAUUAAAUAUAAUUGCACGCUUGCUCAAUAUCUGGGUGAAAUAUGCAGAUAUUUACUUUCUGCACCACCACGACCUGAAGAUACUGCUCAUCCAGUUAGAUUAAUGGUUGGCAAUGGAAUGAGACCUCAACUUUGGCAAGAUUUUGUAAAUCGUUUCAAAAUUGAACAAAUAACUGAGGUUUAUGGUUCCAGUGAAGGAAAUGCUAAUAUCGUAAAUGUAGAUAAUCAAGUUGGAGCAGUUGGAUUUGUACCUAGUAUUUUGCCUAAGAGCCUACAUCCAGUAGCACUUAUUAAAAUAAAUCCAGACACUUGUGAACCGAUUCGAGGUUCAAAUGGCCUGUGCAUUCGAACAGAAAUUAAUGAACCCGGAAUGUUUAUAGGACUAAUAAAACAGGGCAAUGCAUCUAGGGAAUUCAAUGGUUAUUUAGAUGAAGAAGCGUCCAAGAAGAAAAUAAUUGAAAACGUCUUUGUCAAGGGAGAUAAAGCCUUCCUUACUGGUGAUAUACUGGUACAAGAUGAAUUUGGCUACUUUUACUUCAAAGAUAGAACAGGUGAUACAUUUAAAUGGAAAGGAGAAAAUGUUGCAACAGCGGAAGUUGAAGGUGUUGUGAGCAAUGUAGCUGGACACCGAGAGUCAACAGUUUAUGGUGUCCAGGUACCAGGAAUUGAAGGUCGAGCUGGCAUGGCAGCAAUCGUUGAUCCUGAUUGUUUAUUAGAUUUCAAAGCCCUUGCUGAAGGUCUUGAUAAAGCCCUACCGUCCUAUGCAAGGCCAAUUUUCUUAAGAAUUGUCAAAGAACUCGAAAUGACCAGCACAUUUAAAUUAAAGAAAAUAACUCUUCAAAAAGAAGGUUUUGAUCCUAACAAAAUUCAGGACAAAGUUUAUUUCCGAGAUGGGAAUAAGGAAUAUGUCGAGGUAACACCUGAACUCUAUGAAAAAAUUAUAUCGGGAGGUGCAAAAUUGUAAAAAACAAAAAUUUAAGACUCGAAGACAAUUCCUUCUUCUAUAAUAUAUUAAAUAAGGAAAAAAAAAUACGGCUGUCAUCACAGCAAUUAAUAAUAAUCGCUGAGUGAUAUUUUAUUCAAAAUCAACAUUUUUUCAUAUUGAGUAAUAUUAUACGUUUGGGUCCUCAAAUGACCACAGCAUUGUUAUAUAUAUAGAAAAGAAAAAAAAAGGUAAACAAAUUAUAGGAUUUUUGGAUAUAAUAUAUCCAAUUUUUUUUUAUAUACCUAUAAAUGUAAGACUAUCGUCUCUUGUGCAAUGAGUCUUUGUAAAGUACUUUUAUAAGCGAGCAUUUAGGAAUAGAUUAUUAUUAUUAUUAUUAUUAUUAUUAAUGAAUAAUCGAUGCAGAGAAACUUGUAUGCAAUUUUAGAAAUUUCUAAGCACAAUGCUUCUUUACACGUAUUUCGAGAAAUGUAUAUUCUUGAAAUCUAGAACAAAAUUGUCAAUUGACUUUUGACGUUUUUCUAGAAUUCAUAAUAAUAUUAUUAAUCUCAUAAAUUUGUGAUGUAAGGUAAUUCAUCUGCAAUCUUAAAAUUAAGAAUACUUUAAAGUGAAAAUUUUUUCAAAAAUCUAAUAGCUUUUUAAUUAUAUAUUUAUUUAGAAACCGAUAUAAAAGAAAACUUUUGCAUUUUGUAAUUUUCAAGAAGUUUUUCAAAAGAAAAAAAUUUAUUUUUUAAUUGUUUAUAAAUAAUUAAUUAAAAAUGAGAUAUUAAUUAAAAAAUCUGUAGAUAAAUCUUUAUAUUAAAGCUUCGUUAUAAAAUUUUUUGCAGGUGAAAUGCCUUAAACUAUUUUGCUAUUUUAUGAAAAUUAAUUAAAUUUUUAAAUGUUAAAUAUUUUUAAAAAGCAAUUCUCAUAUCGAUUUCUUAUUUAAAACUAGAAAUUUUAUUGCCAAUUUAUUAAUUAGAAAAUAGUUUUAUUAAUUUUUCUUAAAUUAAAAAUUGCCAAAAAUAUUAAUCUUACGUACGCUUAAAAUUAUGAAAAAACCUAUUAUGGAAUUACAAAAUUUUUAAGUUGAAAAUGUUAAUUUUUCAUGUAAUGAAAAAGUUGAAAAUUUAUUUGGAAAAUAAAAUUCCUGUAGGCAUUAUAUUUUAAACAAAAAAACCUACGAAGCUAGUUGUAAAAAAAAGUCUGGGAAACUUUUAACACUUUUUUGUGAUAUUUUUCAAUGUAUAAGAAAUUGCAUUUACUAAAAAUACACUUAUUGAUUCUAAAUUAUCUAUAUAAAAAACAAAAUUCUUUUCAAAAGCCAAAUUUAAUAAAGUACUUAUAAAGCGAAUUAGAUUUAAAAAGAAAAUUGUUCUGAAUUAGAAUGAAAGAUCUGUAAUCAAUUCGUCCGAGAAUAUUUCUAGAAUUGUCAAAAUAAAAAUAACUUAUUUAUCUAAAACGAAGCUCAAGAUAUAUUUUUUGUCCUUAUUUGUUCUGAUAAUUCGGCCUUUAGUAUCGAAAAAAUAUAUAUUCUUGGAUUUUCCUUUUUUUAAAUUUUGAGAAGUCUUUUGUUAACUAAUUUCUAGAAUAAUUUAUUUGUGAGCACAAGAGAUGAAACCCCUAUUUAAAACUACAAUGCUCCGUGUAAAUUAAAAAUUAAAAAAAAGAAACAAAACAAAUUUGAAAUUAUAUCAUUAAAUUAAAAGAAAAAAAUUUUAACAACUUGAAAGUAAGAAAUUAAAAGUUUCUAACUUUAUUCGAAAACCUAAAAAAAUUGAACUUCUCAAAAUAAUUUAUUUAAACAAUAGAUAAAAGACGAAAAACUGUUUAAAUACGUUAGUUUCUUGAAACUCCUAUAUAGUUGCAAAAAUGAGAAAAACAUGACUCGAACAUUUUGUUAUUACGACUUAAAUAAAAUGCUCAGCAAAGACUAAAUAAUCAAAUUAUAUAAAUUUAUAUUAGUACAUGGUGCUGUUAUUAAAUUUUAAAUAAAGACACUUGCUGCUGAGAAGUCGACUUCCAUCAAAACUUAAAUUGUCAAUAAUGGAAAAAAUAACAAUAUCGUGUCGUGUGCCUUGCUAAGAAUAGCUAAAAAUUUAAAAUAAUUUGUCGAAAAAAAAUGCGUGCAAACGUAAAAUAUCGUCCUAAACAUUUUUAAAUAAAUAAAUGAAAAAAAAAGUAAUAAUAAUAAUGAACGAAAGAAAAGCUUAUUGGGCGAGCAAGUAUACUCAUGAGAUAAAUGUGAAAUUGAAUCGUGUAUGUACCGUAUGAAUGUUUUGUUGAUCAUUUCGUUGGAUGUAAAUAAGACAGUUUGAUCACUCAAUAAAUGGUAUUGAUUUCAAGAAA